CUUCCGCGCGCCAGCCAACCGCUCGCCAAAAAAAUUCCUGUCACUUCUGACAGGAAGCGGGGAGGCCGCGCCGGGGCGACCAGCCGCGCAUCUCCGCCGCGCCCCGGACCUGGUCGGCUGCAGGGUCCCGCCUGCGCCUGGGCCCCAGCCCCGCCCGGUCCUCCACCACCGGCUCGGCCCAGACCUCUGUCCCCGCCUCGGCCGCCGUCCGCCCGCCCGGUCUCCCCUCCCCGUCCCCGCUGCUCGGCCCUCCGUCCCCGCCCGGCCCAGUCCUCGGUCCCCCCGUUGCCCGGUUUUCGGCCACCGCGCAGCCAGAUCCUCCGUCGCGGUGGCGGCCGGGUCCUCAGGCGCGAGCCCGCCAUGGAGGUGGAGGAGGCGUUCCAGGCGGUGGGCGAGAUGGGCCUCUACCAGAUGUACUUGUGCUUCCUGCUGGCCGUGCUGCUGCAGCUCUAUGUGGCCACAGAAGCCAUCCUCAUUGCACUAAUUGGAGCUACACCAGCAUACCACUGGGACAUGGCGGAGCUCCUGCCCAACCAGAGCCACAGCAACCAGUCUGUGGGCAAAGGCCAGGCCUUCGGGGACUGGCUUCUGACCGCCAAUGGCAGUGAGAUCCAUAAGCACGUGCAUUUCAGCAACAGCUUCACCUCCAUCGCCUCCGAGUGGUUUUUAAUUGCCAACCGAUCUUACAAAGUCAGUGCGGCCAGCUCCUUUUUCUUCAGCGGUGUGUUUGUUGGCGUUAUCUCCUUUGGUCAGCUUUCAGAUCGAUUUGGACGGAAAAAAGUCUAUCUCACAGGUUUUGCUUUUGACAUCUUAUUUGCUAUCGCAAAUGGAUUUUCGCCCUCAUAUGAAUUCUUUGCAGUAACUCGCUUCUUGGUGGGCAUGAUGAAUGGAGGCAUGUCCCUGGUGGCCUUUGUCUUGCUAAAUGAGUGCGUGGGCACCGCCUACUGGGCACUUGCAGGAUCCAUUGGCGGUCUCUUCUUUGCUGUUGGCAUCGCGCAGUAUGCCCUGUUAGGAUACUUCAUCCGCUCCUGGAGGACCCUAGCUGUUCUGGUCAACCUUCAGGGAACAGUGGUCUUUCUCUUAUCUUUAUUCAUUCCUGAAUCACCUCGUUGGUUAUACUCCCAGGGUCGGCUGAGUGAGGCGGAAGAGGCUCUGUACCUCAUUGCCAAGAGGAACCGCAAGCUCAAGUGCAAUUUCUCACUAACACAUCCGGCCAACAGGAGCUACAGGGAAACUGGAAGCUUCCUGGAUCUGUUCCGUUACCGGAUCCUCCUAGGACACACCCUGAUCCUGAUGUUCAUCUGGUUUGUGUGCAGUUUGGUGUACUACGGCCUCACGCUGAGUGCGGGUGACCUAGGGGGAAACAUUUAUGCCAACCUGGCUUUAUCUGGCCUCAUAGAGAUUCCAUCCUACCCUCUCUGCAUCUACCUGAUUAACCAACGAUGGUUUGGUCGGAAGCGGACACUAGCAUCGUUUCUGUGCCUUGGAGGGCUGGCCUGUCUUAUUGUCAUGUUUCUUCCGGAAAAAAAAGACACGGGCGUGUUUGCGGUGGUCAACAGCCACUCCUUGUCCCUGCUGGGGAAGCUGACGAUCAGUGCUGCCUUUAACGUGGUUUACAUCUACACCUCUGAGCUGUACCCCACUGUCAUCAGGAACGUCGGCCUCGGGACGUGCUCCAUGUUCUCCCGAGUUGGUGGGAUCAUCGCUCCCUUCGUCCCCUCCCUGAAGGACUUACAGUGGUCUCUGCCAUUCAUCGUGUUUGGAGCCACAGGCCUGACCUCAGGCCUCCUGAGCCUGCUAUUGCCAGAGACUCUGAACAGCCCUUUGCUGGAGACAUUUUCUGAUCUUCAAAUGUACUCAUAUAGGAGGUUAGGGGAGGAAGCACUAUCUCUACAGACCUUGGAUCCUCCACAGUCCCUGGACAAGGCCAGCAGUGAGAGUGAAGAGGAGGAAGAGUUCUACGAUGCAGAUGAGGAGACACAGAUGAUCAAGUGAAGAGCCCACAUUCCCGCCCAGAAGCAAAGCCCCAUCGUCCUAGUGCCUCUCUCAGCUUCAGCCCACACUGAAGCUUUCCAGGCAGGGGAGGCGGUGGGGGAGGGAUCCCCAGAGGGAGGACUUGCUGCACUGAGAGAGUCAUCCAUCACUGGCUCUGUCAGGACUGAGACAGAGCUCCGCACCAUGCCUCUGGCUGCACAACUCAGCUCCACCUUGUAGGACUGGCGUCCAACGCUGCUUCCCUUCCUCGGGACCUAGGAGGGUGUGUGAAACUGCUCGCACUUUAACUAGGGUUAGCCAGACCUUCCCUGAGAUGUCAUCUUCCUAGAAAGCUUCAUGUCAUCCCUGUCACCUGCUUCUCCCCACCAAGAAUCUUCUGGUGCAAGCCAAUGUGUAAGGAGCUCCCAGCUUCCCGUCAGCUCAUUGGCUGAUUCCCAGCCAUUGGUUGCCAUGGCUUGUGCCUUUCGUCUGAGGUCAUUCACUAAUAAACGGCAGAAUUAGCGGAACAGUUAUCGUCAGAGGACUGGCUGUGGCAGGGCAGCUCCCUUUGACACUUGUGCAAUUUUUCCAGUUCCCAUUUGGAAGCAUUUGGGGAAUUGUUUUCUUUGUGAGAUUCUAGCAUCAGCAAUAACUUCAAAAUCACGCCCGCUCAACAGUGAAAUUUUGCAGACUGAGGGUGGUCAGCAAGUCAUGCACUAAGCACUUUUUAAAUGACUUAAGAGUGAAGAUUCUCUUUCACAGUGUCGUCAGUGUGCAGCGAGGGAUUUGCACAGCUCUUCGGGGCUUGAACUCUGCCCUGCAGCCGCCUCUACUUGUUAUUUAAAAGGCAUGGUAGGUGUUUGUUUGUUUUUAGAAAAUGAUGGGUUUUCACUGAGUGCUUCCAUGGAUUUCCAAAUGAAUCAAAAUCACACUAAAUACCUGUUUCCCACAAACCUUGAACACUCUCAAACAGGCAUAUAAGCCAGGAGUCCACAUGUGGGCAAUCGAUCACUUCCCGAUCAGGGAAACUGCUGGGUAUUUAGGAUUUCUGUGUACACAAAUCUCUUGGGAGUAGAACGCACACAAAUGUGAAGGAAAGGUGCUCUGUAGAUGCCCCUGGAAACUGGGCAAGCCUGCAUUCUUUGCCUCCAGAUACGUUCCUGGGCUCCUCCACGGUGUCUCGGCUUUUACUGUGCCCAUCUGUUCCUCUGUUAAAUCAUUUCCCUUUGUGCCCUUGGUUAUAGGGGAGCCAUUUCUACCACUAUGGAGAACACUAGCUGGAUGAGAUGCGUGAGUGCCCCAUAGGUGACCCUGUGUCUAGCUGUCGGGAAGAUCAUGGAACCCCCUGCAGCAUCAUAUCUGCAAAUUCCAGUAAAGGGUUUCCCACACUCCAAAGUACAAAGUCCUGCUGCUCUCCUCUCUGGGAAAUGGAGCUCAGCUCUUCUUAGGAAGAAAAGGGCUUCCAGAAACUCUUGGUUCUUGUAAAAUCAAGUGUUUAAAAUA